AUGCACGCAUAUGGGCGACCAUUAUCAAUAUUACAGACGCAAUUGUACGAUUACAUGAUAUGUUUUAUAUUUUACAUGUAUUCUUAAUUUUUUUUAUUAUUUUGAAAGAAAUAAAAAAUAUAAGUAAGAUAUGUGGAAUAUCAAAGGAAUCGUUAGUUUAACUUUCAUUAUGAAUGGAGUUUAUGGUAUUAACCUUUUCAAUGGAAAAUAUCAGAAUGUUAAUAUUGUAAUUCAAAACACUGUUGCAGAAAACGAGAAUCUUAUUGAGCGAAUAAAGCAAAUUUUCACCAGUGCAUCUCGGCAACUAUUCGAAGCGUCACGACACCAGGUGUAUUUUGGACAAAUUAACAUUAUAAUACCCAAUACGUGGCGUUUAAAGCCAGAAUAUAUAGAGAUACCUGCGCUCUCGGAAUUAGACACCUACAUCACUGUCGAUAACGGAAGCAUUAAAACCCCUCACACAAAACGCAAGAGAAAGAAGUGCGGCUCCCCGGGACGCUUUAUCUAUCUACCAGCAAGCUUCUUGAUCGAGGAAGGGAAAACUCAAUUUGGAUAUCACGAGAAUGUUGUGGUUCGUGAAUGGGGUCAUCUACGAUGGGGACUAUGGGAUGAAUAUGGCAACAAGAAAAAUCGUCAAUUUUACUUGGAAGAUGGUCAAUGGAAACCAGUUAGGUGCAGUACAAGCAUUACAGGUAAAGUUGGUACAGGACCAGAGUGUGAUCAAGCCACUUCGAAAUGCAACAUUUAUAAUACUAGAAAAGUCAUUGAUGAAACUUGCAGAUUCUGCCCUGAUGAAUCACAACCAGUAUCCAAUAUGAGUUCAAUAAUGGCAUUUAACUGGCUCGAUGCUGUGACAACUUUCUGUGAUAAUGAGAAUGAUAUAAAGAUUCCUGUCCAUCAAAGACACAACAGUAAAGGAUGGAGUAAACAGAAUGUGAAUUGUAAUAGUCGUAGCUCAUGGGAAGUAAUGAGGGAACAUGAUGACUUUAAAACAGCAACUACUUUGCCAUCAUCUACAAACACUGUACCAACCUUUAGACUGCUUCAUGAAACUGUGGGAUAUCGUGUGCUUGUAAUAGAUGUGUCUGGUAGUAUGGCUUUAGUGAUGAACAAAUUAUAUCGAGCCAGCGCUUACAUAAUUCAAACUAUGAUACCUGAAAAUAGCUGGCUAGGCAUUGUUUGGUUUGAAAGAAUAGCCCAUAGGAAGAAAGAUUUGACAAAAGUGACCUCACAGCAAGUAAGAGAUGAUCUUGUAUCAGCAUUACCACAAAAGGCGGGUGGUGCUACCUGUAUUUAUUGCGGGAUAGACGAAGCUAUAGAUGUACGAUCUUUUUCAGUGUUAUUUCUUAUGAAUAUUAAGUAAGAAAUCUCACUUAAUUUGUGAUUGAUUAAUUAUUUAGUUACACCGACACCGUGAAGGUCAACGGACGACCUGUCAUUAUUGAUAAAAUGUCCCUGGCGAAAUUCGAACACACUGUUGUGAGAAGCAAGUGGUUUGAAGGCAUUCAUUGCAAAAUUUACGCUUAGGAAGCUUAAAAUAUUUUUUUAGACUGAACAAAAAAAGACAAUUGUAAUGACGAUGCUUAGUUUAUGAUAUAAAGGCAGCCUACAACCCGGGAGGUGG